AAAGUCGAAAUGUUGAGUGUAGAGUGUGGCCACGAAAUUUCCCCACAUGAUAUAUUGAAAUUCUAUUUUCAAAAGUUGUAAACAGAAGCAGGAAAAUUGAUGAUUCUGUGUGCGCGGUAUGAAGUACAUGUUCUCUCCAUCUAUGAAUGUGUUUGUGAGGGAUGCUGCACUCUGUAUGCGUGUAUUGUACCUAUUAGUCAGUAAAGGACUGGCAAAGACGAUUUUAACAGAGCCUUCAAGAAAACGGUAAAUUUAUUUAUAAGAAAAUAAUUAAAUCUUGCUUGGUAAAUAUGCAAAUUAUCACUUUUUAAAUAAACACUGAUUAGUGAACGUUGAUAUAAUUAUAUAUAUAUACUUUAUUGAAAGUCCGUUUGGAAUUCUCUUUUAUCUUUCAUACGAAGGAACAACCAUUUUAGUGACAAAAUCGAUAUUAUAUCGUCUACUUGCUCUCGAAAUUGUGGUGUGAAUUUUUUUUUGCUAAUGCCAGUUAAGUGCCACUACAAAAAAUUCCUGGUUGAAAAUUGAAUGUAUAUAAAUCGUAUUGCUUCUCUUAACAAAAUUCGCUAGUUUUCCUGGAAUCUAUUAUAAGUAAUUAUUUUCACUCCUAUAUAAGUUAUCAGUUUUUGGCAAAUAAUUCAUAUAAUAUGACACGGUGAAUAUAAAUGUAAUGUAAACACGUAAUAAGAAUCGUAGAAUCAAGUCUUCCUGAAGCUCUAUACAAACCGCUCACGAAACAUAAUAAAAUCGAACACAAAAGUAAAAGUAAAAGUCAAUUUAACAUAAUUAUAAUAUAAAACCUAAUCAAUCAUGGAUAAAUUGGCCUUCUUAAAUAAGGUGCGAUCCUUGCCGAUUCCACCAGUUAAGAAUAUUAUAAAUGUUGCAUGUCAAACAGCGAAGCAAAGUUUUCCUGAAAAACCAAAUAAGGGCGAAUAUGCAGAACCAAAUGGUCCACCACCUGUUCCGCCCAGACCACAGAAUGUUCACUUUUCUGACGAAAUUCAGCAAACCGAACCACAGCGAAUGGAACAUCAUGAACUCAAUCCUUUCAAUAAUAGCACAAAUCCAUUCGGUCAGAAUGUUAACGGGGCACAACAUGGUCAAGAAUGUACAUCAUUCAUGGGUGACUAUGAUCAAGGCUAUCAACGUUCGGAGAAUUAUUUAAAUCGUCAGCCAAGCGUAGCCUCCACUGAAAGUUCGUUUGUAGGUGGAGAAGGAGGAUCAAGCGAAAAAAUAAACGAAUUCCAAGCUGCUUGGAAUGUCACUAACGCUAUUCAAGGCAUGUUCAUAGUCUCGCUACCAUUUGCUGUUCUUCGUGGUGGUUAUUGGGCCAUAAUCGCUAUGGUCGGCAUUGCACACAUUUGCUGCUAUACGGGAAAGAUUUUGGUGCAGUGUUUAUAUGAACCGGACCCAAAUACAGGCGAAAUGGUUCGUGUCAGAGAUAGUUAUGUGUCGAUUGCUAAAGUCUGUUUUGGUCCGCGAAUUGGCGCCCGCCUUGUUAGUAUCGCACAAAUUAUUGAAUUAUUGAUGACGUGCAUCUUAUAUGUGGUGGUAUGCGGCGAUUUAAUGAGCGGAACAUUUCCUGAAGGAGCACUUGAUUCUAGAUCUUGGAUGAUGUUGUGUGGCAUUUUUUUGAUACCUCUUGGAUUGCUAAAGUCAUUACAUAUGGUAUCAGUUUUGUCGUUUUGGUGUACAAUGUCACAUUUAGUGAUUAAUGCAGUUAUUCUUGGUUAUUGUUUGUUGGAAAUCGGUGACUGGGGCUGGUCUAAGGUCAAAUGGAGCAUUGAUAUGGGUAAUUUUCCCAUUUCCUUGGGUGUUAUAGUGUUUUCGUAUACAUCACAGAUUUUCCUCCCAACACUCGAGGGCAACAUGAUCGAUCGCUCAAAAUUUGAGUGGAUGUUGGACUGGUCACAUAUUGCAGCUGCUGUGUUCAAAGCAUUAUUUGGGUAUUUAUGCUUUUUAACAUUUCAAAAUGACACACAACAGGUAAUAACAAAUAAUUUGCACUCGAGUGGUUUUAAAGGGUUAGUAAAUAUGUUUUUAGUGAUAAAAGCAAUACUUAGUUAUCCAUUGCCAUAUUAUGCUGCAUGUGAAUUGCUUGAACGUGCAUUUUUCCGUGGCAAACCAAAAUCACCAUUUCCAACUAUUUGGGCACUAGAUGGUGAAUUGAAAGUGUGGGGCUUUGCAUUCCGGGUUGGUGUUGUUGUAGGCACAAUAACGAUGGCAAUAUUCAUUCCACAUUUUUCAAUUUUAAUGGGUUUCAUUGGGAGUUUUACCGGUACCAUGUUAAGUUUCAUAUGGCCCUGUUAUUUCCAUUUAAAAAUCAAAGGUCAUUUACUAGACCAGCAACAGCGCGCUUGGGACUAUUUCAUAAUUUCCUUGGGAAUUUUAUUUGGGGUCAUAGGUAUUUAUGACUCGGGCAAUGCUUUGAUCGAAGCAUUCGAAAUUGGUUUACCGUUUUAAAUACUUCACGUGUAGAAAUAGUAUUCAGCUUGCAUGCAUUUAACCGAAGAAUUUCUUUUUUAGAUUGACUCCAUUUCAUUCAGCUUCAUGAAAUUGUAACAGCUGUUUCUCAAUUGUUUGUUCGUAGGAAAUGAAAUGAAUGAAUAAAUGUUCUUUCACUUUAUUUUAUUCUCUCGACACGAGUGAACAGCUUGAUGAAAUUUCAACUAAAUAAACAGUCGAAAAAACAUAUUUGGUAAACGGCCGCUUAUGACUGUUCGUUGAUAGUCAAGUUCUUGGGUUCAUAAAUGAAUAUACCCACUAAUCUUUGUCAAUCUAUCAAAGUUUGUAAAAUUCAGAGAUUUUUGAAUUCAUUUUAGACACAUUUUUGAUGAAUAAAACAUCCACUCCACUUUCUUUCAGUACAAUAAAUUUACUCAGAAUUUGUAUAGAAUAUCAGGCAACAAUUGAAACCCCAUCCCAAUACCCAUUGUAAUUAUUCGCAGCCAAAGGUGAAACUUGAUCAGUGUUUGCGCUUUUAUUAGUGCACUAAUUUGAAAUAUUUUUUAUUUGGUACAGUUAAGUUUAAGUCCGGCGAUAGUUAUUAGUUGAUUAUAACCACUUUACCACCCCGAUUAACCACUCGAUAUGCAAAAUAAACACACGAGUCGUAAUACUAAGAUUACCAGGUCGAUUAUAAUAAAUAGAUUUUUCGAUUUCAACAUUUUUUAAAAAAUUUAUUCCAAAGCUAAAAUGACAAUAAUAACAAAUCAGUAAACAUAUGAAUAUUUGAUUCUAAAUAGCAGUUCGUGAGUCUGAAUUUUGAUUGACGAACAUGUGUGACAAUAUGAAGUACAACGCCAAACCCUUAACAAUAUUAACUCACAUGGAUGGUUUUCAAUGAGAUAGUCGUAGAGGAGUUCAUGCUUUUCUCAGACUGUUUAAAGGUGCAAAUUACGACUUACUAAAAAUUAACUAUCGAAGACACUACUUUGCCAAAAGUACUGAGAAUACACGCGUUCUUCUAUUAUAUGCGCAUCCAAAAAAUUUAAAACUCAUAGGAGAUAAAAGACUACUGUGGUUGUUAAAAUUGUACUGCACGUUAAGUGCAAUCUGCCUAUUUAUGAACAUAUCCCAAGGUUUUACCUUUCUAUUCACUCACAAGUUUAAAUAGUGCAAAAUCCAUGCAUUACAGAUGUUUAAGUGAUAUGAAACGAAUAUCUCAUCGUUCAACCAUUCCUAGCAAAAUCCUUAGUAUAUUCUCACCUCUUAAUUUCAAUUUUUUGAAGUCAUUCAAUGCAAUUAACUUAAUAGCAACUCAUUACCUCUUAACGCUUUUGAACAGAUGUUAUGUUCAAUACUGAUGUGUCAAAUAUCUAUAUGUUUACUGAUUGUCGAAUGCUUUAAGCUGCAGAUAUAUGUUUAACAGUAUAAACUGUGUAUAAAAUGAAACGAAGUCUUCCAAAAAAAGUUCAAUUAUUGAUAGUUAUUAUAUAGGAAAUAAUGGAUUUAAAUAUAAUAUGUAUAUGUAUAUUUAUAUAUAUAUAUCUAAAGAUUCUAAUGAAAAAUUGGAUCAUCAUGAAUAUUGAAAUAUAAAUUAUCAAAGGGCAAUCAAUGCCAUCUUAAAGUGAGACUCGUCAAAGUUUUACAACAACUGCUCUAAUACAAGUGAUUUUUGAUUGUUUCAACCGCCGAUGAUGAAACGUGCUAAAGGAAGUCAGCAAAUCCUAUGCAUUAACCCAAAUUUUCCCCGUGUUACAUAUAUGUACGGACCUACGCACUAAGAAUCUAACCAAUGAAAAUAAUAUCAUAGUUCUAUGUAUGUUUAUGAUUCCAAUUUGUUGUAGGAAGAUUUUUUUUCGACAUUUUCAAACAAUUCCGCCUAUUUGCACUGAGAACAACAAAUACAAAGAGGAAUUAUCGAGAAACUGAUAAAGAAUCAUAGAAUCCGAGUAUGCAGAUCUUGCUUUUAAUAUUUGGGUGACCAAAAAGUUCUGGGAUGAAAUGGGUUAAGUUCAACAUGUAAAAUACUGUGUAAAUGUAUUCAAUUAUAAAAAACAUACAUAGUAUGAUAAGUCAGCUAGAUAAGACUGGGUUUCCGUUAGCUUUUUCGAAAUUACUUUCCAAAAAUGCGGUCUAACUUCAAAAUGGUUGAAACAAUCGACGCACAUGUAAUAUAUAGAUCCAGAGUGAAGAAAGUAUGAUAUUUUGACAAAAGAAUUUAGCAAACAUGCAAAACAAAGCAUAUUAGCUGAUUUGAAGUUAUGGCACAGUUCGUAAUAUCACCGUUAAGCCAUAAACUUGAGGCAAGAUGCACAAAGUAUUCUAUGAUUCAACUUAUCAUUGACUCAAGAUGGUGUUGACUACACAUAUCAGAACAUUCAAAUUGCUAGGAAUGGUGGCCGGGCGUUAUUGAUUUGUGAAAAAAAUUUGUACUCAAAUUGUUGCUGUAAUUCCAGCUAAAAAAUCGAUAUUACCAUUUUGAUGUACAACUCAUGCGAAAAACUUUUUCACAUUCAAUCAGACAUCAAAAUAAAGUGCAGUCAUUAUUCUCAGCAGUUGACUUACAAUUGAGUUAUGUUGUCGCCCUCGUUCUAUGCUCUUAUCAGUUAAGUACACAUAUAUAAAAAAACUAUUUUUUUUAAAGAUCCAGCGAAAAUUCAUGGACUAUGUUUUUAUCAUUUUCCCUGUUCGGUUUCUAAUGCCAAGAAUAUUAUUCGAAAUAACAAAAAUAUAAUUUAUGGACUUGUCCAAUGUCCACUGGAAGCUAGGACAAGACUGCUUACAAUAAAAAAACUAACUCAACAAACUGGAAUAUGUUAAUAAAUACUGUUCUGAACGAGCACGUUUGUUAUAAUGUUAUCGCCAAGCUCAAUGCAAGUUUCACUUUUCGAUUAAUCUUGCGUAAGUUUAUCAAUGAUAGACAUCUAAUUAAAUUUUAAAAGAAAAAAAACUUUUGGUGAAAAAGCCAAAAUGUUGGUCUCAUUUAGUAGCGACACGAUAAUUACCGAAAAAAAUAAUUCAAUUUGGUUACAAUUUUGUGUGCAUUUAUAAUAUAAUUUUUGAGUUAUAGUUUUGAAUGUUUUUUUAAUCAAAUGAAUGGGUGAACAAUUCAAAGGGAAAAACAUGAAGGUUAGUUAUAAUAAGUUGGUACCAAUGUCUUCCAAAAUGAUAAUGAUACAAAUCUAAUAAAUAUUAAACCAGAAAACAAGACAAUAAAAAUUAUAUUAGCGCAAGUUAUCAAACACAAAUACAAAUACAUACAUGUUGAUACCAUAAUAGUCAAUUUUGACUUCAAUUACAUUUUAAACUUGUUUGUUUGAACGAACCUAUAAAAAAUUAUCAAUAAAGGAUUGUCUUCCGAAUGUGUUGUGU